GACGUCCGGUUAAAUUACUUUGUGGUGUGAUGGGAAAAUAAACCCGAAACCAAAGACGUUAAAAAGCUCGUAUUGGGAAUAAAGAUGAGUAAUCGUUCAAAGAGGGACACAAAAACGAUCGACUAUAAGAAAUUUAACACUUCUGGGAUGGCGGACACGGGCGAACAAAGGUUAAAAAUAGAAAAGUCGACCGAAGUAACACAAUUAGAGGCUACAGCAGCAGAUGUAAACAAACAUGGCGUCCUACAGUUGCUAGAGGACGAUGACAUAGAUGAACAUGAGCUUUCUUCCAUGAAGGAAGAAAUUGAAAACCUCAAGAAACAAGAAGAAAAACUACGCAAACAACAGGAUUUCCAUGAAACCAAAAAGCAAUUAGAAAAACAGAAGGCGAAGAUCGAAUCCCUAAAGGUCAGACAGAUGUCUCAACUUGGUGAGGACUUAAGAGCAUCGAAUAGACGAGCCUAUGCUGAGGGAUCCAGGAAAAAUUUGAGGAUCCAGUGGGAAUCAUUUCUUUUGUUUUGCUGUCAUUUUGGAAAUUAGAAUGGACUGAUUCAUUGUGCAGUGAUAUAAAGGCAGUAGGUAAGAAAUUGCAUGUUGUCAUUGUUUGAUUAUUUAUGAUCAUCUCUAUAUAUUGUUUGUUAUUGUUGCUUUAAUUAGCACGCUUUUGCUUAUUUCAGUAUAUGUCGCUAUUACUUAAUUGUGUUGCUUUUCUUGUAUUGUUUGUUUUUGUGUGUUUGGCAUUUUGUUGGCGUUUGCAUGAAUAUUCUAUGAAUUAUUACAUGUGAAUUAUAAUUGUCUUAAAUGAAAUUGUAUGUAUGAUCAAUUUAUCUAUUUGAUUUACAGUACUUCUUGUUCGAUUUGGUAAUUCAAUUAUGAUAUUAUUUGAAUUAAUUUCGCUGUGUUACAAGGCCAAAUAAAAUUUGACUAUCAUUGGAAUUGUUAUUUAUUGUAUUUAUUACUAUAUAUAUAAUUUAUCAACGAUUAAAACUUAAGGAAAGAAAUUGGCUAAUUUUAAUCUCGAAUUAAAAUGUUUAAUGUAUGACGCAAGUUAACUCUGGUUUAUAGUUGUCACGUGGCUUUUCUAAUAAUAGAUUUCUGAGCGAAGUUAACCUUUUUUAUGAUUGGUUGAUUUGUAAACUCGAGCGCACGGGUUUUUUAAGAUUGUUUCAUACUUGUUUUAUGUAAGCGUUGAACACACAGCGUUACAAAAUUUGAAUUUCCCAGUCCCACCCUCCCAAUUAAAAGUAGUUUUGCGUAAAUCAUUUUAUAGAAUAGGUCAUUGUGAGAUAAGAGAAAUGAUAAUUUGUUGUUGCUUACUAAUUUGCUUUGUAUAUUUGUUUGUGUAGUGCUUUGCAUUUAUGAAAUUGUCUGUUUAUUUACAUAUUUAAUAUU